AAUGCUCCAUUUGAAUGUAAAAUUCGGAAAUGUUGCGCUUCGAUAACGCGACACUACCUACACGUUGAAUAACGAGACCAACUUUAGGGAGAGCCCUUAUCGUGACGUCACACAAAUAUGGCUGCCAUGGACAUGGCGGAAUGGUCCGUGGUAAAGGAUGGAAGUUUACAUUUGGGGGAGAAAACUACGGCUCUGACCUACCACCCGAAGUUAAAUACCAUCUUGGCCGUUACCGGAGGGUCCAAUGUUCGUGUCGUGGACGUUAACUCAGGUGUUUCCCUGCAAAAAUCAACACUUUCAGCCCAACCCGGCCACCCAAUUCAUUGUCAGUAUCUUAGUGAGGUAGACCAAGUGUUUCUGACUGAUGGUCAAGCUGUGGGCCUAAGAAAAGAUCUGAAUGGUGUCUUACUCCUAGACUCAGCCCUGCAAACUCCUGUCACCAACACUGAGGAGAUCAUUGUCAUUGAACUACCAUACUUGGAGGCUUCUCAUCUGUUGGAGUGUCUUAAGAAGUCCAUCAAACCAGCCUCCAGCCAGCAGGAGUAUGUGGAGGAGGUCCAGUCAAGACUGGAAACAGAGCUGAGCCUCAUCGGAUGCUUCGACCAAGAUCAGUCUUACCACAAAGCCACAAAAUGGGCUACCAUCCAGCUCCGUGUCUCCCUCUGUGCCCUCCGGUCGGUGUGCCGCAGUCUCUUGGAUGAGUUGAGACGUUCCAACCUACAUGUGUCCGGUCUAUCCAUCGCUGCUGCCAUCUCGGACCGUCUACAGGCGCUCUUCCCCGAGGCUAAUCGUAGUGUGGGUACGCAGACUGUGGAUAGGGCGCAGAUGUACAGCGAAGCUGCACGUAGAGAGACCUUCCUUAUGUGGCCCCAUAUGGACUACAAAUGGGCUCUUCCAGAACCGAUGGCACAAGCAGGCUUCUACCAUCAGCCAAGUGCAGCGGGCGAUGACCGUGCCAUGUGUUUUACAUGCAGCGUGUGCCUAGUAUGCUGGGAACCAACCGAUGAGCCAUGGUCGGAGCAUGAGAGGCACUCACCAAAUUGUCCGUUUGUCCGUGGAGAGCCAACAGAGAAUGUACCGUUGUCUUUUACAUUAGCUACGGGUCCUGCACAGCUACAUGGGGAUGGCAACCAAAAGAUUACAUGUGUAAGCACCUCCGCCUGUCCCAACCUCAUGGCAACCUCCAGUCACCAUGGCAACAUCAGCAUCUGGGAUGUGGCCGAUCAGUUGAAGCUCGUCUCCAACUUCCAGAUCAGUCCCCAAGACCCCGUCCUGACUGGCAAGGUAGUGGACCAAGAGGAUGCUGUCGCCACAAGAGGGCCUGAUGCCAAAAUACCCGAGGCCUGGGUGGAGGAGACCACCCUUACAGAGAUCAAAGGGAAUACAAAGGAGGAUGAGAAUAGUGCCAAUCUAAGUAAUGAGUGCAGCCAGGAUGUGAUUGGAGAAGAUGGGCAACAAGACAAGGAGGAGCCCUCGGCAAAUUCACUCCAUGAAGAAAUUACCAACAAGGAGAAAAGUUACGGAACUAUUGAAGUGAUCGAAGUGGGCGGGGCGUGGCGGCUUCAAGGUGACUCAUUGUCAGAUGUCAGUAGCAGUGAGGUGAAUGUAGCUUCGAAACCCAAAGAAUGCCAGCAUUCGAAGGACAUCAUUGUGUCGUCGUUGAGCAUUGUGCAAGGUACCUCCCACGAGGCAUCCUCUGCCUCCUCGGACAUGAACCCAUCAAAUAGUGAGGAGCACGCUUGUGACCCCUCACUCAUUGCAGCUGUCAGUAUACGAAGGCCCAACAAGACAGAUAGAAACGCCGGUAUACUAACAGCCAUGUCAGAUGAAGACUUGAAAGACGAUAUCACGCCAGCUGCCGGGGCCUCUGAUGCCGGUAACCCGUUCACGGCGGCGUUUGAUAAGAUGCGCAUUGCUGAUGAUUCCGGCCCCGAGGACGAAGCGGGGUUGGGUGUUGACAUCUCCAACAGGCAGCUAGAGUUUGCUGAUGCUUAUCUAGGAGACGAAGUCGACUCAAAGGGACCGGGAAUCAUCGAGGAGAAAGACUCGGAGUCCCUCCACAGGAAGUGUUUGAUCAUCUACUCGGCCUCCACGGUUGUAACAAACACUGCCGCUCAAAAGAAAAGUUUGGACAAGGCUAAAGGGAGUAUGUUCAACGUGCAAGCAGGACCCAAGUUGUAUAUGUCGCAGAUUCUUGAAAUUGAAGAAGAGCAGGCCCUGAUGGACGGGUCGAUUAAUGCGGACGCAAUUGGCGCCGAUCAGGCGGGCAUAAAUCUACUGGACGGAAUAGAUAUCAAACCAUUUCAAAUAAGCGAAGGUGCCCUGCAGUGUAUAGAAUUACCCCCAUGCGCCCAGUGCGACAAGCUGUGGGUGAAGUGCAUCACUCCGUGCCCCGACAAGAAACACUUGUUGGUCGUCGUCGGGCCGCAUGAAGGACAAUUAGAGGACAAUGAAAUGGUCAAAUCGCAGUGCAAUACUCCCACAAAGGAAAGCCUAUGUAACGAACAGAACGAUCUGAACAAGGAUUGCAAGGAUGGUGGCUCGGACGAAGCUGGGACGGGCUUGAGGGUCAACAGUGCCUCGUCUUUUGAUCAAGACAUUGGACCAUCAACAGAAGCUGCAAGUGCUCCUAUGGAGUGCAGUGAUGUGAACACCGGCUUCGCCCUUAUAUACAGAAUCCUAUCUCGCGACGGUUCAACUGUACUUCAUGAUAAACCUGUGGCUAUCCACAAAUUAACUUCCGCGGAGGAAACUGUCGAAUCCCUGGUUCUGUUGCCUCCAGAACUCUCUGAUGUAGCAAGUGACGAAGAAGGGGACUCCUCCCAAAGGGCGCCUUCUUUAUUAGACUCACUAUCCAAGAUGGAUUCGGGAUCCAUAACGGCUGCCUUGGAAGCUCUUAGCAUCGAUGAGCCAGACUCUAAACCCCUGGACAAACAACUUGGGAAGUGUGCCGUUCUCACACGGAGUGGUGCCGUAAAAAUAGUGGACAUCGGGUCUUGGUCCACGCUAGGGACCUUUCCUUCGCAGCAGCAACACCUGUCAUCGGCAAGGACAGAAAAGUUUGUGGCGAUGUCCUACUGCACCGGAAUGGAAAGGCUGUGCGUUUGCACGGAGACAGGUGAUAUACUGUUCCUCCAGCUACAAGCCUCCAACUCUCCAGGAGUGAGCAAGCGAGGGAAGGCUACCAAGACGGUCUCCUCAGAGCAGGAGAUGAAUGUCGAGGAAGAGACUGAUGCUGGCGAGGAAAAGAAACCAGCUGAUGAGUUUCUAGCCAACCAGCCAUUAACGAUGAAGAACCUGAGUACGAUGUGGCAACUGACGCAGUUCGAGACCCUGGUGCCGCGUUUCUCCGCCACCGUGCCGCCGUGCUGGGUGGAGAUACAACAAGAGCAGCAGCAGCGACGCCACCCGCAGCAUCUACACCAGCGGCAGCAGGGCGACGCCACGCAGCACACUCGCACAUGGAAGCUGCAGCCUGACAGCUCCAGCUGGAAAGAACACCUGUUUGAAUUGGUUCUACCCAAAUCCUGUUGUGUCGGCCAUGUUGACUUGAAGUUCAGCCUGCACGUCAACUGUCCCUCGGCACCCAAGAUCCAGCUGACAUUGCUCAAACAGAGUGGAACUCAGUGCAAGAAAGAAAAAGAUUCCAUGAACAUCAAGUCCACACCCGUUGACGCCAAAAUCGACUUCAACAUGAGCGCGUCGGCGUCGGAACCCAAGGUGCAGAACAUCGACAUGCCCGACGGCCCAGCACCGCCCCAAACGCCGCCCCCGUACGGCAUGAACGGAGACGCCUUGAUGCACUCCACGUACUUGAUGAAUCACCGGGACGACAUCCUGUGCGGUCCAUGCAACAUGGAGUGUUUCAUCGACAUGCCGAGCCACACUGGCAUGGUGACGCUGACGAGCCGACAGCUCAUGCUGUGCAAGAGCAGGUCUUUCUUGCUGCAUAUAUUCGCGCUUGAAAACGGCGACGGGAAGACUAAUGCAAAGAGCAAAGAUUCAGAGAAGGAAAAAGGUUCCUGUCUGAUCUCACUGCUACAAAACACCCAUCCAGCCAGCGCUACAGAGCGGCUAGCUGCAACGGCCCUGAGGAAAGAGACCGAUAAAUACAAGGGCUGUGACUGGAUUCAGGAGCUGUCCAUCACAAUACGUAGAACCAAGAAAGUCAACCUCACUAAAGACAGAUUGCAGCGUGUGGCAAUGCUAGAGUCAGUUGAGUUCCAGGAGAACUUGAUGCUUGGUAUCAUGGGUCUUCUACCCCCGCCAUCCGAUGUUACAACGUGGCAGCAUUUCCAGCAAGUGGGUCUGGAUGUUCUGUGCUGGAUUGCCAGCGUGCAUAUAUGUGAGCCAGUCAGUGUUGCUAAAUGUACCAAUAUGGUUGGGACGACAUUGACACACCUAGCCGAUCUGGUGCAGGCGUGCUACAUCUCGGCCAACAGGAGUAUCGCUCAUAAAUGCAGUCAGUUGCUAGCUCUAUGCAUGGGAUGCGCAAAGCGUGGCCAAGACCCGCGACCCUACCAGGGCUUCAAGCAGGCUCUCCUGUACAGUCUUCUGCGCAUCCUACCCUCUCUCCUAGCCUCCAUCUCGUCUGGUUCCAUGCACUGGUUCUUCCUGAUGUUGGGGAUGGUCAAGCAGCAAGAUCCCAAGAGGACCGGCAAGGCGUGCACCAGUCUACUCAUGGCGUCCGCCCAGCAGCUGGCUGAUAGGACCCUGCCAGAGCAUUCUCUCUUGAGAUCAAGAUUUGGACUCUAUGGUACCCCACUGGAUCCAAUCCUCUUCGACAUGGAGCCCCCCGUCGUCAGCCCUGCCCCCAAAUCCAGCUCCUCUGCCUCGUCGACAUCCAACGCCGUUCCGCCCACGUUCCCCAAUCCGCCGGGGAUCCCGGCCUCCGGGUUCAGCUACGACAUACCCGACAUGCAGGGCAGCUCCCAGGGGGGUAGCAAGCUCAGCAGUGACCCCGCCAGCAGCCCACUGAGCGGUACCCACUUCAUGAGGGGCCUCCUGGAGGUGGAACCGCUUCAUUUCAUGUGCUGUAGUACCAGCGAUGGAACCCACGUGGAGAGGGUUGGAUCAGGCGCAGACAGCGUACAGGGCUCUGUGGUAAUCAACACCAGCAACCCUACUAUGCCGGAGUCCAUAACCUCCUCGCUGUCAGCAACCAUGGCCUCAGCAGAGCAACAACUACAGCUGCUGCAACACAAGACACAGACUCUCAUCAAACUCAGCCAACAGAAGCAGAAACUCGAGCAGAAGCUGCAAGAGACCAGCGCCUCAGCAACGGCAAACAGUAUGCCCAGCAACCACCUGUAUGGGGAGUUCCUUCCGGCCACGCCCAAGAACACGCCCUUCUUCAUGACCCCGCCCCUGACUCCGCCCAAUGAGAGCAUGGGGUUCUUGUCAAUGCCCCCGCCUCCGGGUGGUUGGGACUACGGGGAUAUGUUUGGGUACGGAGUGCUCCAGGGAUUGGAAAAAGGCAAGGGCUCGACGCCGAAAGGAAAAACAAAGGGGGACAACUCCAAACUGAACCCAGAAGUGACACCCAGUAAUCCACUGCUGGUGCGUAACUUGCUCAACCCCCCGCCAUCUCAUGUGCUGAUCGUGGACAGAAUGCACUCAGGUGCCAGGAGAUUUGCAGUGCUGGAUUUUGGUCACCCAGUGCUGCUGACCGACAUCUUCAUACCAGCUUGCGGCGACCUGGCCUCGCUUUCCGUUGAUGUGUGGACAAAGAGUGAGGAAGUGGACGGCCGGAGGCUGGCCGUUGCCCUGGACAUCGGCUCUCGGGACCUGGUCAUGAAUGACCUUCUGCCUCCUGCAACUUGUCGCUUUCUGAAACUCACUGUUGUCGGUCGCUACGGUGGCAACACUGUCCGCUCCAAGAUUCCACUGGGCGUCUUCUAUGGUCACACCUACAUCUAUCCGUUUGAGAACAGCCAGCAGCGGAUGCCAGACAGCGACGACAUCGCAGCAGCAUCCCGGCUCCAGGCGCUGCAGCAGAAGCAGUACCUGAACAUGGCGCUGGCCGUGCAGGAAGACAUACAGUGCCGCUACAGCCUGGCCUGCAGCAGGCUGCAGCAACUGCUGCAGUCUGUGGGCUCCUGGUUCCCCCAGGGGAGCUCGUUCUCCUCACAGUUUAAAGAAGACAGAAGUGACAGUAGUCAGGAGGUCCGGCAUGCAUAUGAGGAAUGUGUCCAGCUACAAACCCAACUGAAUGCAGUCCAGCGUACCAUCUUCCGCCUCCAGCAGGGCAGCGAGACCGCGGAACGACAGAAGGUGAACUCCAACGAAGCCGCCUCGUCGGACAUCAAAGAGGCUCCGACCGAUCAGCUACGUCUGCUCUGUGAAUAUUUACUGGAUACACUGUUGAGUUUGACCAACACCACAGGGAUGCUGCCCCCGAGUCUGCAGAAUGUAUUAAAGGAGAAAGCAUGCAAGGCACUCUUUAAGAAUCUGUGCGUGAUGGGAACGCCAUCGCUAAGACUACGUACAGGCACACUGUUGGUCAGAGUAUGCAGCAACCAGCCAUGGUGGGGUGGAUUCUUGGCAUCUUCACUGCAGGAGUUCUUCUCCUCAGAGCAGACGGCUGUGUUUCCUCAAGACAGAGUGUUCAUCUUGCUGGCUUACUUGGGCCAGAAGUCACUGGCAUCCAACAAUUCCGCCAGUGUUCUGGAAAGUCUCAUUAUCCUACUAGCCAAACUGCUGGCCCCUCUCAUCAAUGACGCAGUCCAUGCAGGGGGUUCCCUCGAUAUGGCCUUGAUUGGAUGGGUGCUAUUGUUCCUGUCUCGUACCCUGGACCAUACCACGGCAGCGAGUAACUCCAGUGACGAUCAGGAGGAUGUGGCAGGGGCUGCAGCUGCUGCCACCAGUGCCACCCCCAAGGCUUCGACAAAGGAAAGAGAGCGAAGUUCGUCCUCGGCCAGCGCUCAUUGGAACUUCAUGGCAAGCACCCCUCAGGUAGCAAACAAUCCUAUCGCCCAUGGUAACCGGGCCAGCACACAGAUCCGCAUUCACAACAAGUUGAAACGACAGCUGCUGCUGCACAAGGAGCAACUUGCUAAACUCCAGAGUAUGAAGAAAGCAAUUCAAGUCAAGAUGGCUGAAGGAGGCAAGGAUUCAGACUCGGCAGUCGAGGCACAUCUAAAGAAGAAAUUACAGCUGCAUGUAUCCAAGCAUCUACGUGACAUUCUUCACAUCCGGCGUUACACCGAGCGCAACAUUCGCUCGCGAGGCACGCUGACAGACGCUCCCGAGGUGCCUGAUAUCCGCCUUCCCGAGGUGAACCUACCCAGGGAUAAGUGCAUCCCGGUGGUGCAGGGACUGAUGCAGCUACUCCUGGUCAUGGACUCUACUUGCCAUGCAGACCUAUUCCUCUUCGCCUGCAAGGUUUUGGCGAGAGUUGCCAACUCAACGCGACCAGCCAUCUCACUCUCAGAGAUUGCGACCAGCGAGCAGCUGAUACAACUCCUCACUCCGUGUGUGGGCACCGAGUACAACAGGGGCACGUCAUCGUGGGGCGGUCCCUGGGCCAUCAUGGUGAUCACGUACUUCUUACAAGAUACAUUGGAAGGAGAGAAGCUGUUUCCUUUCACGCUGGAGUCUCUGGGAGCCGUAGGGGGGCAAGAAGAGCCAGAUAUCGAGGAGGAGCUCGACACAGAUGCCACCCAGGAGGACCUGGAGGCUGUGGCCGGAGCUAGUGGACCUACAGAUGACGGAUUUGAAGAGCCCAUGAACCCAUUGGGUGACCCUGAGCUCUCAGACUUUUCUUCGGGGACGGCCUCUGACCCUUAUGACCUCCAGUUCAUGGAUGUGAUCUACGGCUCAACCAAGUACGACGAUAUCGACAUAUGGCAUGAGAAGCUACAAGAUUUCAAUAAGGUAGCCUGUAAGUUUGGCGGCAUCCAGUCCAUGAUUCCGUUUGGCAGCACCGGUAGCGGUAUGCUUCGGAAAGGCGGCAGGUUCACCAAAGCUGGAAACAACAAUGGAGAUCCAUCCAAAGUAGCCCUAACCUGUAUGCCGAACGUGUCCAUGGCAAUGGACGCCAGGCUAGAGCAAGGUCUGGAAAUGCAAGUAGAGUGGUAUUUGAAGGUCACAUCUCUAAUGGAGGCCAACCAUGUCAGCCAGACCCUCAUGGGUACAGUACCCCUCCCUCUCACCCCACAAGCUGCACCCUCCAAAUCAGAGGAGACAUUCACACCUGAGAUGGGCCCCACCAUGGAGGCGUCUAGUGCCCUGCCUCGGCGUGGCUCAAUGACAUCCAGCAAGAUGCUUAGUAGCUGCUUUGAUCAGCUGUUUACCAGACUCCCGACUAAUCAGGUACACUUGGAUGCUUUGUUGAAACUCUGGCUAACUCUGAACGAGGUCGGCCAGGAGAACGAGUCCAAACAGGACGGCGCCUUCGACACCAGUCUGGUACCCGUAGUCACCCUCAGCGCGGACUCCAUCGGCUGCCUCCUGCACGCCCUCGCCUGGAACGUCAACCUGCCCGUCCACACGUGGUGUCUUGCGUUCCACUGCCUGCUGGCGCUGGUCAACAGCAAGACGGAGGUCGACGGGAAGUCGCAGAGCGCCGCCGGGGUCAUCCUGAGCCAUGGGUCGCUGAUCGCCGUUCUGGUUCAUUUCUUGUCCGGUAGCACCAUGCAUGGGCCAGUAGGAAGUCUGCACUAUCAACAGGUUGGCCCAACUGUCACUCAGGCAAUGUAUGAAUUCCUAGUCAGACUAAAGCUGAGACUAGCCUCCGCUCCAGCCACCAAUGCACCUGACUUGAACAGCCUUCUACUCAGAGUGGUACAGAUUCUGGCUGAGCCACAUAUGUAUAGAGGAGCAUUCCAUACUGGCACAGGUCCCCUGGAUGCUCAGGUCAGGAUGAUGGAGUUUGUCAUCGAGCAGACGUACAACCACGCCGACGUCAGCAACAUCACCUACACCAUAGACGCCAUCAGUCUCCUGGUCCACAACCACAUCAGCCUCAGCCGGCGCGGCACCAGCACGACGGCCUCCAGCAGCAGCAUCAAUGCCCACUCCUGCUUCAGCGGCGUCUUCGCCAGCAUGCUGCGGCCGGGCGAGGUGCGCUCCAACACCAGCGAGGCCAAUCGCGACCUCCUGAUGUGUCACCUGAUGCAGCUGGUCAACCAGCUGGUCAAGAUCCCCCUUGACCGGGACGCCGCGGCGAGGUUCCAGCAAGGCCUCCCGGGGCGGACAUUAGGUAUGCCGUCUCCUCAACAGCCUGUUGAUACACCCCUCGAGACAGACUCCAGUAAGAUAAGCUCGGCGUCGACGUCCUCCCAACAACCAAGGUCGAGCUCACUCAGCGACGACGAUAAAGAACGCUCCUCUGGGUCCGCGACGCCCCCGGUUGUAGAGCCCCCGCCACCAUGUAUAGCAGACGCUGUCCUAACCAUGGGGGACUCCAUCCCUCUCUUACUCUCAUCCUUAAGUCACUGUAACAGCAACAAGAUGGCAUCCUUCCUCAAUCUCAAUACCUCUACAAUGGAUCCUGUGUCGGUCGGCGACAACAUCUUCCAGGUGCUCUGCACCAUCGCCGCCAAGGUCACCUCCGUGGAUCUGAUGCUGCGCCCUCUGUUGACCUACUUGGGGGGAGGUCUCGGUAAUGGUGGAGGCCUGAACGGGCCCUCGUGUGUCCUGUCCGAGCCACUGUUGUGGUUUAUCAUGAAGGUUCUUUACUCGGACGGCGGACUGCAGUCGUUCCAUGAGAUGGGUGGUGUACAGCUUGUCUGCCGUAAUCUGGUUGCCAGCAAUCGUUGCUUUAUAGACAGUUCACCCAGUAGCAUUUCCUCCAUCAUGCAGCAUCUAGGCACCUCCCUAAGGAACUCUACAUCUUCAACACGAUGGAGCAAGACCAACAGUUCCUCCUCAUCCUCGGCCUCGACGGCUGAAGUGGAGAACUCGGAGGGACUGACAAACUUUGCGCCGUUCGGUGUGAUAAGUUCCAGCAGUCCCACAGCCCAGCCGGCCGAGGUUCUACUCCAGCCCACAGCACCCCAUCGUAGGGCCCGCUCAGCAGCCUGGUCCUAUCAUUUCUACCCGGAGGAGACCUGGUGUAAUCUGACCAUCAGCUUGCCCAGUGCUAUCCUGCUGAAGGAGGUUCACAUCCAGCCACACCUUACAUCCCUAGCUACCUGCCCAUCCUCAGUAUCCUUCGAGAUCAGCAACGCCCUCGGCUCAUCCCCGACCCCCGUCAGUCCCCCGAUAUCCACAACUGGUCUGACCUACAUCAAGCUCCAGCUGCCGAGACCGGAGGUGGUCACCUCGGUCUGUCUGCGUCUCCACCGGCCGCUUGACUCGAGCACCAUCGGCCUGUCUCAGGUCAUGCUGCUCGGUCUGGCUGCAUUCAGCGGAGGAGGCUGGAACGGAUCGGGGACGUCGCAGCAGAGUUUACUGGCACCAGCUGAGGAUCACGCCACAAAAACAAGCAUGAGAUGGCUGCGUUUCCUACACCACUGCCUGAUCCAGGACCCGUUGAUGGCAGCUCCCAUAGCCACAACGGCUUCCAGCAUGCCCUCUCUCCUGACCACCUGUACCUCCUUGCUACUGUCCCCACAUUGCCAGGAGCUUGCUGUCAACAUCGAGGCAGUACUCCUCAAGCUUGGGCUGUGCUCUACUGACGUGGGGCUCACCCUCUUUGAUAUCAUACUCAGGAAUAUCUACGGUGGUGAAAACGAUUCUGGCGCACCGCUGAUGGGCCGAAAUGUGGAUGCCUCGACUGAGUCCACGGUAGACAUCAUAUAUCAACUGGGAACCACUUCGGACCAGGGGACCAAGGAAAGGGUCCAAGCUUUACUCGACUGGUUGGGAGACACCGCCAGAGUCCAUCUCCACAAGAACAGCAGUUUCCAUCGGAGCCCCCUGACCUUCUCCCCCACUGAGGUCAGCCUGCUAAGCCCCGCCCCUUCCCACAUCAUGUGCGUUGCGUCGGUCAUCUGGGCUAGUCAUGAAUUAAGAGCGCCGUACAACGUAGGAAGUCUGAUUACUAAAGACUUAUUCAGCUCGUUGUAUGAGUGGUCUGUCGUCAUGCCGUUGAGCUCCCCACUCAAGCAGGCUGCAGGGUACGUCCUGUGUGCCAUAUGCCACGUCCACCCAGCACUCUACAUCACCAUGCUGUCCUGGAUGGGCAUCAUCAACAAGGAAGAGGAGAUGGAGAUGGAUGAACUACUCACAGACGACAGCAAAGAUGCCCAGGAGCAUGGGACUAGUCUAACAGACGAUACCAAAGGAGCGAGUCAGCAAUCGCCAAGCCGACCCGUACACAUCAACAUGUUAGACCAGCUUCACCUAGCGACAUUGGCAUCAGCCUCCCAGUCGCCAGCCGCAAUCCAGAUACUCCUAGAAUCAAACUUUCCGACCAUGCUGGCCAACGCGCUCAUGGAUUUCUGUAACUAUGAGAUCUACCGCAACAGGCAAGGUGGAAUGGACGACAGUCCCGCAUGGCAGACUGACUCCUAUAAACUGAUCGAGGGCCAGGGGCUUUCGUCCCCACGGACUUAUCGCACCGAAAGCUGGGACGGCAGUACGGUGUCUUUGAUCCACAUCACGUCGGAUAAGAUAGCCCCCGUCCUGGAUCUUUUCACCAAGCUAAGCAGUGAGCUAGUGAUGAAGAACUGGCUUGGCGGUCCGGAAGGCAGCACCUUCUGGUCGUCGCUGCUGAUGUUGCUGUGCAGCGUCAGCUCCAAUAUAGUGCAGCUGAACGUGCCGGCCCCCAAUGCCAAGAAAGUCUCAGUGAUGACGUCGCAGCAGCGUGCGGCCAUCGAAUCGUCAACGAUCGCCUUCUUCACACAGGUCAUCUCGUGUCAUCCGAACAACCAGAGACUCCUGGCCCAGGUGGUGUGCGAAGUGGCGUGCAGCUGCAGCAACCAGGCUGGGAUGCGACUGGCCAUCUCGGGCUUCACCCGACGCCUGAUCUUGCAGCUCAUGCUGGAGGACGAGAAGGCGCUGGUGUACAUCCAAGGGGCGUGUUGCCUGCACAAGGGGCGUGGCACGGCAGCCGGGAGGGGCUCAUGCCAUCCCCAGUUUGGGGUCGGCCAUAAAUACAGAGUGAUGGAAACAAAGAUGACUACAUCUGUAGGUUCACUGGUCUCGGAAGUCUGUGAUUCUCUGUCCUUAAUGAAGUCAGUGCCUUUCCCUAAGGACGUGAAGGUCAAGCAGUCCAAGGCAGAGAAAGCCAGCAAGGACCAGCCGUUUGUUCUUGUGGACUACCUCCCAGGGAAGAAGGAACUUCUGGAGUCGGAACACUACAUCAACUACUCACACCUUGAAACUAAGCCUAAGAAGCCGAUGACCGCAUCCCACAUGGACAAGGAGCCCAACUCCUCAGCGUUCUCCGCUUUCUCAUCCUCCUUCAAGCUCCUCCCCAUCUCAAGCCAAACUCCGUCGACAAAGUCUCAAUCCACGUCCACCCAGCAGGGUCCCGCAACGAAUACCAAAGAUCCAAUGCAGGUGUCUGUGGUGACCCUAGGUCAUGACCUCCUACCAGAGGUCAGUCUACCGGACGCGUUGACCCUAGGUCAGCUCGUCGCUGUCUUGCAGAGCAAAGGGCUCCCUCUUGGGUCGCCCUUCUUAGAGAUGAAAUUGAACCUGGGAACACAAGAGAUUGGCGCCUCGUCAAAGACCGACAGCUCGAAGAGCAGAGAGGCCAAAGAAGCAGCGACAACAAACGGAGCAUGUGCAACGACAUCAUCCGCAUCAACUUCAACAUCGACUGGACUCCCCAGCAUGUCGGAAAAUGGCACCACACCUGACAAGUCACUGCUACUGGACUCCACACCCAUGCCAUCCUUCCUGCACGUCUUUGCAAGCCUAGGGGGUCUGGCGCUGAUUGCCGAGCACCUCCCGAUAGUGUAUCACGACAUCCCGCGGCACGUGGUCGGGGCGGGAAACGGACACUCGGAGAAGAACGGAGAGGGCGGGGUCUUCUCGUGGCAGUCUAGUACGGAGCAGUGGGGAGUUGCCUCUCAAGGCAUAGAGGAUGAAGAUCCUGCAUUCCAGCACUCCGGGUUGGAGACCACAGCUCCGAGUGGACUCACCAACGCGGUUGCACCAGCGGCGUCCCACGGUCCUGUCAACAGCACUGCCGUCAUCCCUCCGCACUCCCUGGCUGCCUUCGGUCUCUUCUUGAGGCUACCCGGGUACGCUGAGGUCCUACUGAGAGAGCACAAGAAGGCACAGUUUCUUCUCCGAUUGGUGUUGGGUGUUACGGAUGACGGAGAUGGAGGUCAUAUCCUGUCGUCACCGGUGGCUCCCUCGCUCCCGACCCUCCCCUUCACCGUUCUGGUCACCCUGUUUGACAGCACACCCCUGACGACCGACGAUGGGGUGCUACUGAGGAGACGGACCCUAGAGAUCGGCGCGGUUCAUCUCUUGCUUGCAUUCUUGGCCAUAUUGAGCCAUCACGGGCCAAGAGUUACAAACAAGCCAGCUGCACCAGAGGGUAAUUCAACGCCAAGUAGCCAACGGUCAGGCCCCGCAGCCCCAACCACAGAGCAGAAGAAUCAGUCUUAUUGGGCCAAGGGUACGGGCUUCGGGACUGGUUCAACCACCUCAGGAUGGAACGUGGAGCAGGCUCUCAAUAAACAGAAAGCCGAGGAGGAACAUGCCACCUGCUUACUGCUGGUCCUGUCGAGCUACAUCAGUCCCAAUCCACAGCGAUCUGGCGACCCGCUUACUGCAGUCAAGGACGCGUCUGGCGAUGUCAGCACUGAGCAUCUUCAGAGCAUCUUCCCAGAGGUCUUCAGGGAGCUGUUGAGCAACUCCUGCCUCAUCCCUGCUAUCUCAUCUUAUCUCAGGAAUGAUUCAGUGCUAGACAUGGCCAGACACGUUCCCCUUUACUGCGCUGUGCUGGAGGUACUACGAGCGCUCUCCCAGAACCCCCUCCUAGCCCCUCUACUACUACCCCAGGAAGGGGACCAGUCAGACAUGUCCCUGGUAGCCCUCCUGGAGAAUAUGAAGUCGUGCGUAGAUACCUACACCUCCAAACUCAAACUAAACAAGGAUGCUAAGCCGGCUCACCAUACCAGGCAUUCAGCAGGACCCACCACAGAGGAAGAUCUAGAGGCUGAGGGAUUGACUCUACUGGUGCCACAAAUACAACAUACUGUGGACAUAGUCAGACAAGGAACGAGCAAGCUCAUUGCUGAAACCAUGGGUGUGAGUAACCUUGGUGAUAGACAUGGACUGUCUGGAAGGAACGCUGGAGAGGCAUCCAAGCUAAGCUUUGAGGAGCGAUACUGCAAUCUCAUGAAGAAACUUCAAUUUGACACGUUCCCAAUGGUCGGAGAUGACGAAGAUGGUAAGAUCUUCCUCAAGGUGUCUCACCACUAUGCAUCCAACAUCAAGUCCUACGGUAAUGUGAGUAACGCCUCCAGAGCAAGACGCUUGGCUCAGGAGGCGGUAACUCUGUCCACGUCGCUACCACUCUCGGCGUGUUCCAGUGUGUUUGUACGAUGUGACGACGAGAGAUUGGAUGUCAUGAAGGUUCUCAUAACGGGGCCGUCCGGUACCCCAUACGGUAAUGGUUGCUUUGAGUUUGAUGUGUACUUCCCUGGUGACUAUCCAAGCUCGCCGAUGUUAGUCAAUCUGGAGACUACAGGACAGCACAGCGUUAGGUUCAACCCCAAUCUUUAUAAUGACGGCAAGGUUUGUUUAAGUGUCCUAAACACAUGGCACGGCAGACCGGAAGAGAAGUGGAACGCCCAGACAUCUAGCUUUCUGCAAGUGCUAGUCUCUAUUCAGUCACUCAUCUUAGUCUCGGAGCCGUACUUUAAUGAGCCGGGCUAUGAGAGGUCACGUGGCACCCCGUCUGGUACCCAGAGCUCCAAGGAGUAUGAUGCUAACAUCAUGCAGGCGACUGUCAAGUGGGGAAUGUUGGAGGUGUUGAGGAACCCGUCUCCAAGCUUCAAAGAGGUUAUCCACGCCCAUUUCUUACUGAAGCGAGCUGAGAUCAUGAGUCAAUGCGAGGAUUGGAUCAACCAGCUAGAGUUACUCUGUAAUGACAAGAGGGUAGGACGCACCGUUGCUCACCAUUGGGUCGCACUCAAGCGACACACGGCACAGCUUCGUGAGGAACUUGGUAAGUUGAAGCCACCCGCAUGCGUCCUAGAAGAGUUCCCCGACUGGGAGUCGCUUCCAGAGUUCCAGGACGAUACCAAGCCAUCCACGUCCUCCCAAGGGGCGAGCCAGAGCACGCCUAAGGUAUCCAGGAAGGGGUCGUCCUCGCCUAAGGACGAAGAAGAAGACAAGGACUUGGAGAGUAUAGCCAAGGCGUCUGUGAACGAGAGCAUCUCUAAGGCUCUGGUCAAGGCAGACCUCAUGGGAAGUGACAGUUUGAUUGAUACGAUCGUGAUCGAGGGAGAGAGUACCUCGUCUGCGUCAUCGUCGUCGAUUCUAGGGGAUCUGUCUGGCGGAGAUGAGGCGGGAAUGUACUGAUGGAGAAUCUGUUACAGAUGGCGAGAAAAAAAACAUCUUUACUUUGUCAUCGUUGGUUCUAAGGAAGCUGGUGGAGACGAGGCUGGAUGGUGGAGCAGUGUGCUUGGUUGUAUCCACAUGUUAUUAAGUGGCAAUGAGACAAUCAAUGCGGCUAGGUGUUGUGAUGAUCCAGCGACAGGAUUGAGAGAGACUGGAACUGACAACUCUUGGGGUAGCUCUCCGAGAUGAGGCAGGACUGAGGGUAGAGUAGACUCUACUCAUUCAUGCCCUCGUAUGAGAGGCAGAGAUUACAUCCUUUGAUCUUUGUCACCAAGUGCUGUCCAGUAAGGAUAAUGGGUGAGACGGAAUCCAACCUGAUGACUAAGUCUCUAGUACGAGCAUCGAUCCACGAUCCACGCUCCACAAGAAGAUCUUCAGUUUUACCAUCAUGUUAAAUGGAAUGCGAGAGAAAAUCAGUUGACUGUGUUUUCUAUAAUCUAAACAAGACAUUCUGCAGCUUGCUUAAUACAUUAUAAAAGAACAUCGCCAUCACCGUAGGUAAAAUCUUUAAUCAAAGGCAGUCGCAAAAAACUGUCAGGGGGGUAAAUAGACUGAUUGAAGGUUUGUUGUUGAAGAUGGAUCUUAAGUGUUUUCGAAGAAUGCACUCUCCCUGUACAAUUUUGCAAAGAUCUGAAUGAACAUCUACUGAGAAUUUAUUAAAUAUGCAGAAUAUAAUAACAAACAAAUGUAUACACUUUGACAUCUGCUUGAAAAGUUGUUAGUUUAAGAAGUGUUUGUAAAUUUAGUAAGUGAAAGGGAUUGAUUUGAUUAGUCAUUUGUGACUUUGAUGUCUGGUGCAUUGCCUUCUUCUGCCACAAGAGAAUGCUGAAUUUGAAUUCCCCAGACUAAAAUUAAGCACAGCUAUGCCCCACAGCUAUGUCCUUAUGCCGCACAUUUCAUUGAGAUUUAUGUAUGGGUGUUUGUCAUCCCUUAUGUCAACAAGAAAAAGUUUACCUCAAACCAAAGCAACAAUGGAAGGUUGGUAGUCUGAGGAUUUCAAAUUGAGUGUUCACCUUGUGAUCAAUCAAGGCAUUGUACCAGAUAUUUCAAAUCUAACUCGAAGAUGCUGUAUGUGAAAAAGGGAAGUUGUGAAUUAAGAUUGUACAAAUUGUUUGAGGUGCAAAUAAAGGGAAUACCAGUCAAGUAAAGUAUGCCAAUGUCUAUCUUCAAGCGAUAUACAUAGAAAAGCAAAGACAUUCUAGAAGACUUUAAGGUUUUUUUUUAAUUUGAUAUAUAUACAGGUGUUUUCGUUCAGCUCUUGCACUAAGUCAAAUAUUUUAGUUGCCUUCUCUGAUUGAAGGUAGAAUUAUUUUUGUAAAAAGUAGUUUAGGAAAGGGUUGUACUGAUGAAGCAAGCGGCUAAUGCAAAAAGCCUCUAAGCGCAUAAAGAGAACCAUAAAAUAAACAAUGAGAGAAAGAUACAAGAUACAAAUAAGCAAAUUACAAAAAAGCAGCUUUAAACAAAUGAGUUUUCAACAGGGGCUUAGCUAGGCGAAUAUACACAGGAAGACUAUUCCAAGGAAACGGUGCCGCGUAAGAAAAAAGAUCUGUGGCCAUAAAAAAUGGAAGAAGCUCUACUAGUAAAAAGCAAUGACUGUUGAGAUGAUAGACCAAAAAAUCAAUGGUAGACCAAAAUCAAUAGUGAUUUUUAAUUUAGAUUUGUACUCCUGAGGUCAUAUCUAGCUUGUUUGAUUGGGCUAUGCGGUAUUGAAUUUGACACAUUCAAGCAGGAUUUUUCUUUCUGCAGUAUUAUAACAUGCUAAAUUGCAAAAAGAUGCAGAAGUUAUGAAUUGUAGGAUGUGUGUUGCUGGAGUGUAUUACCAUUUUGCAUUUUUAGCUUGCUGUAUAUGAAACGCUUAGACCUAAUUUCUAGCUCUGCUUACCAAAUAAUUCUGAGUUUACAGUCACUAAUCCCCACUAACCGGGUUAGCUGUAAGCUACUGAGCUAGAGGUGUGUAAAGUGAGGAUUGCUUAGGGAGUGUCUAAAAAGAGUCGGCAUGUUGGAAGGUGCAAAAGAGCGUUCCUCUGGGCACACGCCUGCAAUCCAUUGGACAACCAGAACGUUCCGCUAAACGGCAUCAAGUACGAGAGGAAGAUUGCCAUAUCAUUCACUCACUCGCUCACUCUGUCGACCCACGUGGCUACUUGAAACAAGCGCGAUGAUACACAGGCCACUCACGCUGAUGUUAAGAUGGGUUGCACAUGACGUCAUUGACCACCAUCUCUGAUGUAGAACCAUGGAACAGUGCAUAGUGUAAGCGCUGCGCACGACUCUCAACCAAAGAUAGUCUUUCACGCGUGCAAGAUUCAUCAAAGAUUGUGGCCAAUGCAAGGGGUCCUAUAGAACACCUUAGCAACUCCCUUAUCUGUAGCUUUCAAUUCGGAUACAACCGUUGUUUAAUUAUAGAUUCUAUUUUACCUGGGUAGUAUUUGUAUGAGACUCGUGUACUAACAAUGAAUGCAACCGGGUUCUGUUCUGAUUCUGACAGAUUGUGUGAUGAGAUGUGAAUUUUGAAGUAGUAGCUUUAACAGUGUGAACAAAAUGUUAUGAACAUUUCUUUUGUGAGAGAAUUGUUUUAGUACAGCAAGACAUACAGAGUCAUUGCUAUCCAAUGUGUAUCUCAAUGCUGACAAUGGGAGUCUUUGACCCUAUGCACUAAGAUUGUUUGUAAGAAUGUUUAAGAUGUGUACCAGUGGCUUUGAUAUUAUAAUACUGUAUGAACCAGAGAGUUAUAUUCAAAUACUUUAUGGAACUUUAUGCUCCGAAAAUGAUACAGUCCCAUAGGACUAUGCCAGGCUGCUUCUCGAGAAACACUUUGGGGUCUAUAAGCCUUUUUUAGGUAUGGCGGACGUGAUACGCGCGCGUCACACGCCGCGACCGAUGCCACGCUCACCAUGUUGGUGUGGUCAUU